AUGUUGCCGGCCAACCUGCAGCCAGCGGCCGAGGCGGUGGAGGUGGGCAGGCUGAUCCUCAAGGCGGCGGAGUGGUCGCCGCAGUCGCACGAGCUCUUCCCGGAGGCGGCUCGCAAGUGGGCGGUCGAGGUGAUGCGGCUGGGCUACCUGGUCGCUUGGGACGAGGAGCGCUUCGUUGGCCGCGAGGGAGCGGCUCCAGAACUGGUGGACAUCUGGCGCAGUUUCGUGCUGCCUGGGGUGGUGGUGCGGGCCGCCGCCGCAGACGCAUCGCGCCGCCCAUGA